CAUAUGAGAUAUUCCCUAUAUUAUGAAAUACUCAAACAGCUAGCGUUGCACCUUCGUUCUACCUGCAGAGGUCGCCCCAGGGUAGAAGAGGAGAGAGAGUGGAGACAAGGGGAAGGAGGUCACCGGGGUUAAGGCAGGAACGAUAGCCACCGGGGCUGAGGAAGGGCUCGGGGUGAGCGGUGACGGCGGGGGAGGGAGAGGGGGAGCGCUCCAUUCCGCAUGUCCUUUCCUUACUUAUGUUCCAGAUUUUUAAUACGGUGAAGGUUGACAUAUUGCCAUAUCGGCUUAUUUGUUUAGAUGACGAUUGCCUUCACAUCUAUCAUGGCUAUCUUCAUUAUUGAAAGGGUUGAUGAUAGGACGGGACCAAAGUCCCUUGCACCACUUGUUAUUGCUGGUGCUCUGAGCAUCAUGUAUUGGAGGUUCUUUGACGAUCUUCGCCCAUAUGCAGUUCAGUUUGUUCCAUGCAUUGCUAUACCUGUGAUGGCUAUAGUAAUUCCACCAAUGUAUACGCAUUCAAGCUACUGGCUUCGGCAGCAGGUUAGCAAUGGAUUUUACCUGCUUGCUAAAGUUGAAGAGGCUGCUGACAAACCUAUCUAUAAGUGGACUCAUCACAUUGUCAGUGGCCAUACCCUUAAGCAUCUAUGUGCUGCGAUGGUACCUGUUUUCUUGGCUCUCAUGCUAGCCAAAAGGACUAUUGAGCCAGAAAGGGUAAGUUUACUCCAGAAGUGGAAGAUCAGUUGGAUUAUGGUGAGAGAGAGUCGUUCCAAGGAUAGGAACACGGCUGAUGCCGGUUGCAACUAUGCUUCUGUUUCAAGUACAUCUGAAUAGUAAGUAUACAUUUAGGCAUCUAGCAUUCUGCACACAUGUCAGGAAGAAAACGCA